GAACUUGAGGGACGGUGUCCUCAGCCCACCUCCCAGGACAUCCUAGUCAGGCCUUUCAGGGGUUGGAGAUCCAGAAAUCUCCAAGGUCGAUUCCCUUUUUGUUUCUAAUCAAGAGGUUAUCCAGACUUUUUUGAGAGUUGGGAGCAGAGUGUGAUGCCAGCAGGAGAUGGAGUUGGCAGGUGGAAGAUGGGAGCCAAUCGUGUGUGUGACUCCUCCUCGGGAGAUGGGGCUGAGGGCUUCUGUGGGUGCUCCCCUGUGAUUCCAGCAAAGAGACAGGGAAGCAGAGGCCAGGAGGGGCAGCAACUGGCUCAAGUCACAUGAUGGCUUGGUGGAAGGGUCAGCUCUAGAAGCCAGGCUCCUCUUUGAAGGUCUUUUCCUGCUCACUGGGACUGACCUGUCUUCCCAGGUAGUGAGGGCAUGAAGGGGGAAUCUGCUCCAGACUUGCACUGCUGCCAGAAGGCUCAGCCUCUAGGGCAGACGGGGGGCUCCCUGUCCUCCAGCCUGGACUUCCGGCUCUGCCAAAGUGACCAGAAAUUUUCAGUUGAAGGUUGGGGAAGCCAUUUGAGUGACAGACGUGGUGGAGGGCAGCUCUUAGCUUUUCUUCUCCUUUUGGACAUCAAACUAGAGCUGGAACCGCUCCGGGGACACAGGUACCCCAGCCCCACACCCCGAAGCCCCUUGCCUCCUGCUCUCCAGGUCUUCUCAGCUUGCAGGCCACUCUCUGACACAGUGGACUCCCGUGGCUCAUCCUGGGCCAGCUGGUUGCACCCCUUGCCACCGGCACCAGCCCCCCAGGGCCUGUACCUGUACCUGUGGACCCUGGAGCUGACACCACUGAGCACAGCUCUGCAGAGUCUCAGAAGUGAUGUCUUGAGUACAAAGCACCAGCCACCAGGGCUGCAGGCCGGCUCCACUGAUGAUGAGAAACUCACAGCCAAGUACCCUGCGAGCAGGGACAAGAGGGGAGGCCAGCAGGAAAGAGCUGGCGAGGGGGCCCUCUGCCCAUCCCUCUCGCCUUACAGCGGCUCUUCCCCAGUCCCCUGGCAGAACAGGAAGAGCCCCAGGCCCUUGGCCAUUUGCUCCUGCCCACUGCCUACUCCCAUCUCCGAAGAACUCCCAUUCUGCCUCUACCCCUUCUAUCCUGGGUAUCCACUUCUGCCUCCACCUCACCUGUUCACCUAUGGGGCCCCACCUUCUGUCCAAUGUCCCCCCCUCUUCAUGCUGCCCCCAGACCCCUCCUAUGCCACCAGCUUGCCGAUGAGUGCCAAUGAGGCUGGGCACCCCACUGCCCAGAGGGAGACCCUGUAUCCUUACCCAGGGGCCUCACAAGCCUCUGGCCAAAGCCAACCUUCCCCGGCCUGGGAUCGAGGUCCUGGAACUGCCAGGACUCUCUCCCCUGGGCCAAAGCUCGUGGGCAGGGCGGCACCAGCAAGGCGGGCACCCACAGGCUCCCGGCCAGGCACCACAGCUCUGCCUUACCCACUGAAGAAAGAGAAUGGCAAAAUCCUGUACGAGUGCAACGUGUGCAGCAAGAACUUCGGGCAGCUCUCCAACCUCAAGGUCCAUCUGCGUGUGCACAGUGGGGAGCGCCCUUUCCAAUGUGGCCUGUGCCAGAAGAGCUUCACCCAGCUGGCCCACCUGCAGAAGCACCACUUGGUGCAUACGGGGGAGCGGCCCCAUGAAUGCCUGAUGUGCCACAAACGCUUCAGCAACUCUAGCAACCUCAAGACCCACCUGCGCCUGCACUCUGGGGCCCGGCCCUUCCGGUGCAGUGUCUGUCCCCGGCGCUUCACCCAGCACGUUCACCUGAAGCUGCACCACCGCCUGCACAUGCCACAGCCUCCCCGCCUAGCUCACGCCCACCUGUCCCUGGCGUCUCUUGCCUGCCUUGCCCGAUGGCACUAGGAAGCCCUAGAUCUCGUGGCGCUGCCAUCAGAGAAGCAGAUGGGCUGGGAUCUGGAAAAGGUCAAAGCGGUCCUUGGCAUCUGGGGGAAAGUGCAGGCAGCCAGUUUGAGCCCUGGUGCCAGGACUGCCCUGGGGAGGGGGCAGGAGCAGAACAAUUAAAAGAUUUUCUUUGUGACAA